UUUCGUCAUUUCGGCUCAGGUUUACGGUGCGCAAGGAAUAGGUACAAUGUCGGGCAAACGUGGAGUGGAUUUCGUCAAGCAUGUGGCCGAGUACGCUGCCAGUAAGGGAGGCUUCGAUCGCGUUCUUAAAAUGAUUAAAAUCACUGGCGGCGGCGACGGACGAGCCAUUGGGGAGUUUACUGUGGAAAAGGAGCACCUUAACCGACAAGGGACCUUGCAUGGAGGUCUGACAGCCACCAUUGUGGACAACGUUACCACCUACGCGCUGAUGUCGACGGGAUCACAUCCAGGCGUAACUGCCACUCUGAAUGUCAGUUACAUGUCGGCCGCAAAGCCAGGAGAGGUUGUUGAAAUAGAUGCAAGAACACUGCGUGCAGGUCGCAAAAUGGCGUACUUGGACUGUGUUUUGAAGCGCAAAUCGGAUGGAAGAAUUCUCGCCAGCGGGGGGCAGGUCAAGUACGUUGAUUUCGACCAGGAAACUUGAUUAUUAGAACUCAACAGAAAAUGCAAUGCAUCAAAAAUUUGAAUAAAAUCAUUUUGCAGCGUA